AUGCCUCCUAAACGUAAAAGAGGACGGCCACGUCGCAGAAUAUCUCAGUCAUUAACUUUUGAACAACAACCAGAGAAUGCGACGUCUGACAAAAACACUUCAGGGAUAGAAAAUAUUAGCAAAAAAGUUAUUGAAUACAUUUGCUCACACUGCGACAAGUCAUUUAAAAGGAAACUCCAUCUUGAAUGGCACUUAAAAAUUUGUGGCCAAAAUGAAGAUGCUGAUAAUACGUCGGGAGAGCUUGGCAAUGAUUCGAAAGAAAACCUCUUGCGAAAUUACCAAAAUAAGAGGCAAGAGUUACAAUGUGAUAAGUGCAGUAAAGUGUUUGUUUUUAAGAAGAGUUUCCUAAAACACAUAGAAAAUGAGCACGCUGAAGGUCCAAACAGUGUAAAAUGUGACCUUUGUGAAGCUUCUUGUCCUUCUGUGGAAAUCUUAGAGCGCCAUAAUGAAAAGCGACAUAAUGUUGGUUCUUUUAAAUGUGAAUAUUGUAAUCAAACAUUUGUGAGAAAAGCUCAUGUGAAGCGUCACAUGAUGCAAAAGGGAUGUGAUGGUCGUAACUUAGUAAAUUUUUCAUGUGGGAUCUGCAAUGCAAAAUUUACCCGAAAGGAUAAUCUAAUGGUGCAUCUACGUUUACAACACAUCACAAAAAAAUUGUUUCCUUGCAAGUUAUGUCAAUACUAUACAAGUAACUUCUCAAAACUUAUUAUUCAUACACAGAAGGUGCACUGCCCCAAACCAUUGCAAUAUGAAUGUGAUUACUGCGGCAAACUAACAAGUUCAAGGGCAUCAAUUAUGAAGCAUCUUGAGAUACAUGGAGACAAGAAAUAUGCAUGUGGUGUGUGUGGAUACAGCACCUUCACCAUUGAAGUAAUGAGGCGACAUGCGCUUACGCAUGUGAGGAAUAAGCCGUACAAAUGCAACAUCUGUAAAAAAUCGUACAUUCAGCGGGCGCAACUCGUGAAACAUCUCGAAAGGCAUAUGUCCUAUACUUGCAGUACCUGUGGCAUUCAGACGCGGCUUAAAGAGGAAAUGGAAGUACAUGAACAAUUGCAUAAAGAUGAUGGGAAUUUGUCGUGCUAUUUUGAAGAUUGUACAGCUUCGAAUUUCAAAACCAAACGUGAACUCGAAAAACACAUUAAGGAACAUACAAAUGUGUACGAAUGCGAGGUGUGCCACAAAGCUUUUAAGAGCGAUACAAAUAAACGACGUCACGUGGCCACGCAUGCGCUAGACCGACCGCGCCGCUGCAUGUACUGCGUGAACGCACGCGCGUACGUACGCGGCGAACAUCUCUUGCGGCACGUGCGCAAACACCACGCGGAUGUCUUCAAACAACGGCUCAUGCACGUCCGAAAAGUUCUUGGUUCCUACGUAACAACGAGUCGCGUGUCCAAAUCUGAGCUUGAAGCCGUUCUGAACGUUUUGGAUGCUGAGACCGAUCGUAUUAUUGAGGAUUAUGGGACUGGGGUGCUCUAUGGCGGAUUGCAAGACACCAAGGACGGUGAUAUUAUCGUCGAGGCACCAUUAAAGCGCGAACCGAGUACUUUACUUAGCGAAGAGGAAUUAGCGGAAAAUUUGAAGGCAUUACUGUCAAAGUUGAUUGAACACGAUUUGCUUCUUGAGUUCGGGUGGCCUGAUGAACCGAUUGAUGAGAUCUUGGAGAAGGUGAUUGAAAAUUGUGGUGCAAACGCAGCAGACCGAACUAAGUGGUCGCGCGUUCAAUGCCUCCGCGAGAACACAAAACACCUGUUUCUUUAUGUUAUUGAGGAUAAAGACAUUGCCAAAAUGCUUACAACCCAUACCAUUGACCAGGUUAUCAUGCAUAUACUUGAACAAGUUAAUGACACGGCAUAG